AGGACAACAGCCGAUUAAUACAGCAUUCAAAAGGAAAACACAACAGAAAACGAACGCAGGUGCGCAUAUCCACACACGUACCCACAUACGUUAAUUCCCGAGCCAAUCAUCGCCGUUCCGAUUCAAAGCUCAAGCGGGAAAAGAGGAAAAAAAAAUAAAAGAGGCAGCAGCUAUGAUCAACGAGUCGGGCAACUCCUCCAUUGUCUUCGCCGAGGCGAAAGGCACGACGGCGCCGGAGAAGGCCGACCCACAGCGUGACACGAUGGUAUCGGAGUGCAGCAUCAAGUUUCACGCCGACGGCCCCAGCGAAAGCGGGAACGAUCCAAACAGCGUUACGUCGAUCCCCCUGCGCAUUGAGUCGGAGAACCCGCGCGGUGUCGACAACCACAACCCGCGGGGGACAGCCGUGACGGAGGACAGUAUUGUUUUCACGCACGAAGUCCACACGGCGGCGUCGGCGGACGACAUCCACUUCGACGCUGUCGAGGAUCCGGCGGCGAGCUCGAUGCAGAGCGUGCGCUUCCAAGUCGAGGACGGCAACACCGGCGGCAACGGCGCGGUGGACCGCGGCACCUCGCCACAGCAGAGCGCCGCCCCGGCAAAUAGGACGACAUCACUGCCGUCCACGCAGGCCAAGCCGCGACCCACCGCCAGCGGCGACAGCACAGCUGUGGCAGAGGCAGAGAAGAACAGGGCUGCAGCGGGGACGGCGGCAGAGGACGCCUUCGCUGCCUAUCCCCCGCCGCGGCGCCUGUCGCAGCGAGCCGUCUCCGUCGCACGAACACCGCGCUCGAACGGCGCUGCGCCGACCACGCCGCACAGCCGCUCGCCCAACAACAGCUACCGCCCAGCACCCAACCCACGAAAGAGCGCGCCGGUGGAUGAGGCGGCGACGGCGGACCCCAACGCAAAGGACGACGCGGCCGCGGUGGUCGCCUCCGUUGCCACGCCGGCGUCGCCUAACAUCGUCGUGACGAACCACUCUCGCACCUUUCGCGGGGCGGGGUGGGCGGCGGUGGUCGAGACGUCGCGCGACACGAUCGAACGCACCGUCGGCACCGAGACGGCGGAGGCGGUGGGCGUGGAGACGCAAUUUAUGCGGGUGACGUCCAUCGAGGCGGAUGCGGAGGGCAUGAGGUGUGACAUGAGCAUCGGCCACGCCCCCGGACAGACGGCGGAGCAGAUCGACGAGGCCAUUGAGAAGUGCGGCUACGAAAACACGCUGCGGCUGCUGGACUUCGCUGCGGGCCACGAAAAGCCGUCGCAAGCGAGAGAAAGCGAAGAGGCCGAAAAGCAGCCCCCGUCCGUUCCGUUCUCCUUCAGCGAUAAGGUCGGCGAGGGCCUUAUCGAGCUGAACUACUCCGUCUUCCCCUUCGGUUCCUACCGCCACCUCGAGCUCUCCUUCGACGGCCCUAUUGCCGCGGUGACGCCGAAGUUUGUGAAGGAGUGCCUGAGCGGGUACCUAGGUGUGCAUGAGAGUCAGUUAGUGGUGCGGCGCGGCGAGGAGGUGCUGUCGGACGACGUCACCGGGGCGGACCUGAAGCUGGCAAAUGGGUGUACGCUCGAGGCGCAGUGUACCAUCCCGCAGCAGCAGCAGCAGGAGGCGCCGCAGAACCCAGUCGCGGAGGAGGAGCCGCAGCAGACGGCACCGACCCCCACGCCGGCACCGCGCGCCAAGAAGGCGACGGCCGCCAAGAAGAAAACGAUGGAGGCGGCGGCGACGUCGCAGAAGAAAAAGACGUCGAAGAAAGACGCGAACGGUGGAGAUGCGGCCACGCCGGCGAAGACGAAGACGAAAGCGAAGAAGGCAGCCGUGCCGGUGGCAAAAGCUGAAAGGAAGAAGAACACGGCCGCCAAGCCGAAGGCGUCGCCGCAGCAACCGCGGCACACCACGGCGAAUGGUUCGUCGCCGGCGCCGCAUUACGCCGCCCCCACUCGUGCCGCCACGACCAAGCACAACGCCACACCGCAGCAGCAGCAGCAGAUCAGUACGGCGCAUUCUCGUGUGCACAAGACGCCGCUGCCGCGUGUGCUGACAACACCGCGGGUGUACCGCGGCCACUCGCCCCGUCCCGGCGCGGAGAGCCUCGAGGAGGGGGAGACGAUGGCGAUGUAUAUGUCCGCGUCGCGCUCGCCGUCGCGCGAUGGCACGCAGGUCCGCAGCAGCCGCCCUUCGAUGGGUCGCCGGUCUCCAGCGGCAACCCCCUCCAUGAACGGAGCAGCAGCGGACUCGCAGUCCGUCGGUCGCAGUCCGGGUGGCUACGACGACGACGGCCGCGGCCACGCCCCGCCGCAGCACACCGUGCGGGGUGUUUCCUCCGUUAACUAUCACCCACGGCCGGUGGUUCAGCCGGCAACGCGGCAGCCGGAGUUGAACGGACACUCCGAACACGAAGCCGCGCGCGACGCGGUAGAGCACCAUGCCGCGGCGCACACCGCCACCACCCGCUUGCGCUCCCCACCGCAGCCGGCUCUCGGUGUGGACAACAGCCACAGCACCGAUGAUCACAUGAGCGAUGAUCAGAGUGAGAAUGAGUCGGUGAACUACAAUGAAGAGAACCUGGUGAUGACAACGAAUGAGCCCGAGGAGGUGAACUUCGUGGUGGAAGAGGAAGAGGAGGACGUCGAGAAGUCAAAGGAAGACAGCUUUGCGUACGACUACAGCCGAGAGCCGCAGGAGUUGAACGAGGAGGAGGAUCCGGUUCCCGACGCAGCGCCGAAUCCUUUUGUGUAA